AUGAUGGAUACCCAAUUUGUUUUUUCAGAUAUUACCCAAGGUUGCAAUAUUGUAGAUCAUACAUCACAUACUGAUCUUCAAAGAAAUCUAUUGACCGGGGUAAGCGAAGAUGGAAAGCUUUUAGUUGACGACGCCCAAAUCGAUUCAACCAUAGAGUCAUCCCAAUUUUUAGACAAUUCAUCAAUCAAUGAUCACAACAAAGAUGAUAGUGAUAAAGACAGUAUCAAUGAAAUCAAACAUGGUAACCAGUCAUUCGAGCUUCUUUAUACAUCAACUGGAAUAGAAAAUGAAAAUGAAAAUAAUAAAAAUAAUAAUCAAAAUUGUAAUACUAGUAACCAAGAACAACAAAAUAACUUAUGUAGCAAUAAUAGCUUUUUAGAAGUAAAUAACAAUAAUACUCAUGAUAUUCAUUCACCUUCAUCUGUUUCUUCACCACAAGAAAUGCUUUUUAACGAUCUUUCAGAAUCUCAUAUUGUUUAUGAACUCUUAAAAGAUAUGGAUGCUAUAUAUAUUGUAACCCCAAAUACUCCAAUUUCUUCCAUUUCAAUUGAGCAAAUCAAUCAACAUAAACAAAAACAACUACAACAACAAAAUCAACAACAACAACAUUUACUACACCAACAACAAAGACAAAAACAACUUCAACAACAACUACAACAAUUACACCCACAACCAAUUGAUCAAAUUGAUCAAAUUGACCAAAUUGAAAACUUCCUUGAAGAGGAUGCUUUUAAAAUUGACCAACCAUUAAUAGAAAUUAGCUAUAAUAAUAAUGAUAAUAACAUUAAUAAUAAUAUUAAUAUUAAUAAUAAUAAUGAACAAUUCAUAAUAGAUAAACAGCAUAUUUUUGAAAAUGAUAUCGAUGACAGAUCAACAAAGAAAAUAAAAACAGAAAAUAUUUCAUUAAGUGAAUCAUCAUCUGUUGUUAGUUCACCAAUUACAUCAUCGUGUCAAAGUCCAAAUCCUCAAUUAGUUAUUAGUACUAAUACUGGCAACCACUACACCAAUAAUCCAUUAUUACCAGAGCAGCACUCUUCUCUCCCCACUAUUUCUAGUUUGCCUAUGCAAAUCAAACCACCAACCUCAUUACAACACAUACACCAACUACAAAAUCUCCAUAGCUUAACACCGUUUAACACCUCACCAUCAAUCCUUAGUUUAAUUUCACCAACAACUCUCUCUAAUUCAACCACCUUAAAUUGUUCCACCAAUAGCAUCAAUACAACCAAUGAUUCAAAUCCUAUUAUUACAUCAAUUGGUACACCAAAGAAAUCAAAGAAGUCACUCGCUUCAUCCACCUCAUCCACCAAUGGUUCAUCUCCUGGUACUCCAACCCAAUCAAAUAGAUGCACCCCAUAUUGCGCAAUUUCGACCGAAAAGAAUCAAGAAUGUACAACUUGCCAACAAAUUAGACCAGUUUCAAUUAUACAUACAGAUGGAUCUGAUUCAAACACCUGCACCAAAUGGUGUAUCAGUAGUAAACAAAGAAAACAAAAAUCAAUAGGUUUAGAUUUCUGUUCAAUUUGUUUAUCAAGAAGCAGAACCCAAAAAUAUAAUCCUCAAAACCAUCAAUGCCUAGAGUGUCAAAGACCUUGGAUGAUGUUAACAGCAUCUUCAAACCUUUGUAAAAGAUGUUUUAAAAAAGGACAACAGAGCAAAUAA